AUGCCGAUGCCGAUGCCGGGGCCGAUGCCAAUACCCGCACCGAAACAGAGGUCAAGAUGCUGGUGGUGCUUGCCUUCUCAGGACUUGAAGGGGAGGAACGGCUGGUUUAAAAGCCCCAGGGACACAACCUUCACCAUCGACUCAAGAAUCAACGGCGAAAAUAAGCCAUCCGGCUACGACAGCAACUCACUCAUCACGAUUCUCCGAUCAUCACAAUGCUUCAUCGCUCUCUUAGUAUUGAUUCUCUACGUCUUCACGUCUUCGGUCCCCGUAUUUUGGCUCAUCUUCUAUACGAUUGCCGAGGUUGUCCUAGCCAGCUUUUGGAGCAUUUUCGCGCUUUUUCUUAGGCAUCACUGGUCGAUAUGGUUGGUCAUACCAGAGAUCGUGAUCACUGUUGCGUGGAUUGUACUGUUCGCUAUAAGCUCGCUUUCAACACCAGAUGAGUCGAAGGAAUCGACGUUUCGUUUAUCACUCAUAGCUAUAGAAGCCUCCAUGGUGAUAUGGUUACCAACCUGCUUUCUGGCGAUUUCACCAUUCUUCCACUGGCUCAUGCCUUGGCUGUUUCAGGUGCGAAGUCGUGAGAACGUCGACCUUGAUGCGGGCGGUGCCCGAGAGAUGCAAAUCUUCCCCCCAAGGGAUCUAGCAGGACCACCAGGCCCGGGGGGCCCACCGCCUGGAUGGCCGUUGCCCCCCGGAGGGUUGGGCGGUCCUCCCAUGGAUGGGCCAGGAGCCCCAGGGCGUGCGCUCGGAAUGCCGCGCAAGACAACUCCAGGUCAUAUGCCGCCGCGCCGCGUGGGUAACAGGCGUGGAAAAUUUUCGAGAUCAGGAAGUACCUCGACAACUUGUAGUGAUGAGUUGCGCGUAGAAUCCAAUUAUCCCCACCGAUCAAGUAAAUAA